UUACGCUGGUAGGGGGUAUACCUAUUAUUGAGUGCCGGGUUCAUUUGACCGUAAAAGUGGCUCCUCUAUCUGGAAAACUCUGCGCGAAAGGAUUUUAAUUAUGCUGCUGGUCCUGUAUUUGGUAGCACACAACAUAACUGAAAUUGCUCUGAGAGUUACAUUUGUGGCGCAGGCCAAGCAUGCCGCUGUCCGUUGUUUGAGAUAAUGCGGUCUCGUGGCGUGCGUUGUCUUUUCGGGCGGUGUCUCGUGACUCGGCUUCCGCAUUCCGCCGGCUUAGAUAGUUCCUGCCUGAAUUGAUAAUCUGUGGCUUAUUUAAGUGCAUAAGUAGUGUUCAAUAUAAGACAUGGCACUUCACGUUCCUAGGGCGCCUGGUUUUGGGCAAAUGCUGAAGGAGGGGUCAAGGCACUUCUCUGGUCUAGAAGAGGCUGUGUACAGGAACAUUCAUGCAUGCAAGGAAUUUGCAGACACCGUCAAAACGGCUUAUGGGCCGCGCGGAAUGAACAAAAUGGUCAUCAAUCACAUAGAAAAACUAUUUGUCACAAGUGAUGCUGCUACCAUUAUCAGGGAACUUGAGGUGGAGCACCCGGCGGCCAAGAUGAUGAUCCUCAGCUCUCAGAUGCAGGAGCAGGAGGUUGGAGAUGGCACCAAUUUUGUUCUCAUCAUGGCAGGAGCGCUACUUGCCUCAGCGGAGGACCUCCUCAGAAUGGGUCUCACGCCCACCGAGGUAGUGGAGGGGUACGAGCUGGCGCUGAAGAAGGCCCUCGAGCUGCUGCCGGGCCUCGUCUGCGGUGAGAUCAAGGACCUGCAGUCGGAGUCGGAGCUGAAGCGCGCCAUCAAGCCGUCCGUCAUGAGCAAACAGUACGGCAACGAGGACUUCAUCACAGACCUAGUGGUCAAGGCGUGCAUGUCGAUCCUGCCGGAGAAGUCGACGGCGUUCAGCGUGGAUAACGUGCGCGUCUCCAAGAUCCUGGGCGCCGGUCUGCUCAGCUCGCAAGUGGUCCAAGGCAUGGUGUUCCGCCGAGAGGCUGAGGGCACAAUCAACACGGCCGAAAAGGCCAAGGUGGCCGUCUUCACGUGCCCCGUGGAUAUCGCCGCUACGGAGACCAAGGGUACCGUGCUGAUCAAGACGGCUCAGGAGCUGAAGGACUUUUCUCGCGGCGAGGAGAGCCAGCUGGAGGAGCAGAUCAAGGCGAUCGCCGCCACUGGAGCCAAGGUGAUCGUGGCUGGCGGUAAAUUCGGCGACAUGGCCCUGCACUACGUCAACAAGUACAACCUGAUGGCCGUGCGACUGCUGAGCAAGUUCGACCUGCGCCGGCUGUGUAAGACGGUGGGCGCGACGGCGCUGCCGCGGCUCACGCCCCCCUCGGCCGACGAGCUCGGUUACUGUGACCGCGUGUACGCCGACGAGCUGGGAGAGACGGCCGUGGUUGUGUUCAAACAGGAGGCGGCCGAGAGCCGUAUCGCCACUGUGGUGGUGCGCGGCGCCACUGACAACAUGAUGGAUGACGUGGAGCGGUCCAUUGAUGACGGCAUCAACAACUUCAAGGCGCUCACCAAGGACGGGCGGCUGCUGCCGGGCGCCGGCGCCUGUGAGAUGGAGCUCGCCCACCUGGUCUCCCAGUACGCCGACACGUGCCCCGGCCUGGAGCAGUACGCCAUCAAACGGUUCGCCGCCGCACUCGAGGCCUUCCCCAAGGUGCUGGCCGACAACUCGGGCUGCAAGGCCACCGAGGUGCUGUCGCGACUGUACGCCGCCCACCAGGAGGGCAAGAAGACGGCCGGCUUCAACGUCGAGGGAGAGGGCUCCGACACGACCCUGGACGCGGCCGAGGCGGGCAUCUUCGACCUGUGGCUCACCAAGCACUGGGCGCUCAAGUACGCCGCCACGGCCGCGUGCACGGUGCUCAAGGUGGACCAGAUCAUCAUGGCCAAGCGCGCCGGCGGACCCAAGCCGCGUGAGAACAAGGACUGGGACGAGGACUAGGUGGGGUGCGACUAGGAACCGCCGGACGACGCGCCGGGCCGGCCACUCACGAAUUGGGCUAGUCCGAUGGCGCCGGCGCAACAUGUUCGAAUGACACACCGCGUACAUUGUCAUGUGCAUGAUUAACAGUUUCUCGGCGUAACACGACUGAUUGUUUGUUUUGACUACUUCUGCCCACGCUGAGACUCAGUUGUGACGAAUCACGGGAUCUCGGGCAAUCGCCACAUCCGAGGAACGGCCGUCCCACGCUGCAUCAAUAUAACACGUUCGAUA